ACAAGCGCCGAGUCGUGACUAUGAUCGGUCCGGGCGCUUCCUCCUGGACCGCAGACUGCCAUCCGCUCGCCUCCAGAGUCGCAGUCCCUCACACCUUCAAGGCCUGGAUGUCGCUCGUUCUACGCUCGUAGUGUGCAUUCAUCUACUUUGACUCUCACUUGGCAGCUAUCUUCUACGAAUUCACGACCCAAGUUGCCUAGAAGAUCGGACAGCAGUCAAACACUCGGUCGCGACUGACGGCUCCGAGCCGGGCAGGUCCUCGUGUUCAAUUUUCUAAGGUUGCCAGUGACACCUGUUCAUGUAUUCUCGAGCCCUCAGACUGCGUCCGCGUGUAUGCACACUUUCACCGGUACACGCACCUCCGGCUGCGUUCCUGCGAGUCUCGUCUCUUCGUUCAUAUCAGACGUCGAAGUCGCAGAAGCAGCUCGCCGCGGAAGCCUCGCACCUGGAUGUGACGACAGCAGACAAGCCCAGGCCAUUCGCAAUCGAGCGCGUCGGCGGUCGCGAAUGCCACGUUUCUUGGACUGACCGCGGCAUCUCGAAGGAGUGGAGGGAGAUCUCGAACACUGUAGGCGAGGACGAGCAGGCGGGGUCUACCUCGGCGUCGUUCACGGGCAGGUUCACAUCGUGGCUUCGGCAAAUGUUCCUACCCACCAACUUCCCGCAGUCCGUCCAUCGGUCGUACCUGCCGUUCCACGGCCUCCAGUUCUUCGAGACGAUCUUCGGCACAGUCGUCUCCGUGCUGUGCAACCAAGCUAUGCUCACGUCCGUGGGCGUCAGUGCCGAGGGUAGUAUAUUCGGUGCGGUCGCCGUACAAUGGAUCAUCAAGGAUGGCGCCGGCGAAGUCGCGAAACUCUUCUUCAUCCGCCGCUUCUCGCCAUACUUUGACAGCCACCCGAAGACGUGCACGCUCUUCGGGGAGAGUAUCGUAGCGCUGGGCAGUGCUUUGCAGAUCGGGACCAUUCUCGUCAACCCGUCUCCUACCAACUUCUUGUUGUGCGCAGCCGGUGGGAAUGCCAUGAAACUUAUUGGAUACGCGGUCUGGUUCACGACACACAUGAAGUGGGUCCGCUACUUCUCGCUGCAGGGCAACAUGGGCGACGUCGCAGCCAAAGACGAGGCGCAGACCUCCCUGGCCCAGCUGGUCGGGUACGCCGCCGGAAUCGGUCUCCUGACGUUCUCGCACUCGCCCGCGUACCUUUACGGGCUGUACUCCCUAUGCACGCCCGCGCACCUGGUGGCCACUGUGGCGAUGAUGCGUCUGGCGACGUUCGAGACGUUGACGGUGCCGAGACUCACCGUGCUCGCGCGAGAGUAUGCGACACCUAACGGGAAGCAGGUCGUGCCGUCCUACAAGGAGCUCGAGGAUGCGCGCGAGACUGGUGUCUUUGGGGAGUACUUUAAGAGCAAGAAAGACCGAUAUGUCGCUCUUGCGCCUCGUGUGGCGGAUGUCGUGGGACGUGAUGCAGAGCCCGAGGCCAGUAGGUGGGAUAUCUGCACCAACACAUUCUGGAACGAAAAGUACAUGCUGUACCCGUCAGCGUCGUCCCCAUCCCAACCAACAUCCGUCUUCUACCACCCAGACGCCACCUCAGAUGACACCCUCCGCUCCGUGCUGCACGCAGCCCGACUGCAGCAUCUCAUGGCUGGCUCACCGACCCCCAACGCAGAAGCACUGCGAGAAGCGCUGGCAGAGUCGUAUGCAUGGACAACGGAGCAAUUUGACGGCUUCAAGACGGCAUUGGAGGAGAAAGGCUGGCGAACAGACGAGGUCGGCUUCGCUGACCAUGGGCACCGGCUCUUGUGGGGGGCUGAGGCGGACAGAGGGACAUAGUCCCCGCUUGCUCGUCGUGUCCAGCCGACUCGAGGACUGGUGCAAGCUACCUACUCCCCUCUCUAGCCCCAAGACUUAGCAUGAGCGUCCAUUUGGGGUUUGGCGCUGCGUGACAAUUUGGCAGGGCUUCCCUCAGCGGCGAGUCAUCCGAUAUUCUUGCGCAUCUCUCCACUCGUCGUGAUUGACAGGGGUCAUGCACGCACGCCAGGCGACGUGCGUUGCGGUCCGGACGUAUUGAAAUCAUAGAUAUCUAGAGUAUUGCCGUAUACAUAUGUAGAGUCGUACUAAUACACACCCAACUCUUAUUGGAGCUUCUCUUA